AUGUCAGCUUCAGGUGAUUGGGGACCUGCGCCCGAAGGAAUUGACCUCACGGAACAACAAGAUGGAGAAAUCCUCAGACCUGUCAUAGCAUUGGUGACUAUGGGCAUACUGGCAGUAGCAAUCCGAUUCGUCGCAAGGUUCAAGUCAGGAACUAAGAUCGCCAUUGACGACUAUCUCAUUUUAUUGGCAUUGCCGUGCGCUCUAGGCACAGCGGCUCUCUGCAUCGUCAGUAUACCUUACGGCGGUGGAAGACAUCUAUGGGUUGUAACUUUUACCGAAUUCACAAGUUUAUGGAAGAUGGCAUAUUCUUUUGUGCCUAUUUACGCGACUACCGUAACCUUGACAAAAGCUUCGAUCUUGAUGUUUUACCGAAGAGUAUUUGGUAUUAAUAUCGUCCACCACAUCUGUAUGGGUCUAGUCAUCGGAUGGUAUGUGGCCAUCAUUAUUGCCUGGUUCGCCGGCUGUCGGCCUGCUAGCUACUUCUGGGAGCAGUUCACGGACCCUGGAGCAACGGGAUAUUGCAUGGAUACGUCGCUGUUUUACUUCGUUAAUGGUAUCUGCGCCAUGUUGAUUGACAUCGCUGUUCUGUGUGUGCCAAUUCCCACAAUUCUCAAGCUCCAAAUGCCGAACAGACAAAAGGUCGCUGUUGGAGGAAUUCUACUUCUUGGUGCAUUUGUUUGUGUUGCAAGUAUUGUCCGAAUCGUUUAUAUGGAUAAAUUAGUCAAGGCCACAGACUUCACCUGGGCUAUGGCACAGGUCUUUAUCUGGUCUUGCUGCGAGCCAUUUGUUGGUAUUGUGUGUGCCUGUCUCCCUACCUUUGGUCCACUGUUGCGACGAUGGUUCAAAACGGCGACAUCAACGGUAGAGGGUAAGAACAACUCAGAUUCGUGGGACAAAAACAAGCCAAGGAGUCAAUGGAAACCGUACCAUGGCGGCUUCAAGCUGCGUCAGGAUGAUGAGCUGGAGCUAACUGUUGAUGUUUCUCAUGGGGAUGCCCAGUUCGAGAGCAAGAGCGGGAGCAGCAUCUACGUGCAGAAUGAGUUCACUUGGGCUAGUGGGGGCUCCGCCCAGUCAAGGGGAUCAUAA